AUGGCAAAUGUUAAGUUGGUUGGUCUAUGGUAUAGCCCUUUUAGUCACAGAGUUGAAUGGGCUCUCAAGAUUAAGGGCGUCAAAUAUGAAUUUAUAGAAGAAGAUCUACAAAACAAGAGCCCUCUGCUUCUUGAAUUGAACCCUGUUUACAAGAAAAUACCUGUUCUCAUUCACAACGGCAAGUCCAUUUGUGAGUCAAUCGUAAUUGUUGAAUACAUCGACGAGACAUUUGAAGGCCCUUCCAUCUUGCCUAAAGACCCUUAUGAUCGAGCUAUAGCUCGUUUUUGGGCUAAGUUUUUUGCUGAAAAGGGGCCAGCAGUGGGGAGAAGUUUCUUUCUCAAAGGAGAGGAGCAAGAGAAAGCUAAAGAGGAGGUUUAUAAGAUGUUGAAAGUUCUUGAUAAUGAGCUCAAGGACAAUAAGAAGUACUUUGUUGGUGACAAAUUUGGGUUUGCUGAUAUUGCUGCAAAUGCUGCAGCACUUUGGCUUGGAGUUCUUGAAGAAGCAUCUGGAGUUGUUUUAGUCACAAGUGAAAAAUUUCCAAAUUUUUGUGCUUGGAGAGAUGAAUACAUUAAUUGCAGCGAAAACAAGGAAUAUUUACCUUCAAGAGAUGAGUUGCUUGCCAAAUUGAAAGCUCGCUUUCAAGUUGCCGAAUAA